AUGCCCUACCUCUAUAGGGCCCCAGGGCCCCAGAAGCACCCGGUUCCCAAGGACGCGCGCACCACCCACUCCUCAGGCCAGAGCUUCGAGCAGCUGAGGCAGGAGUGCGUGCAGAAGGGCAUCCUGUUUGAGGACGCAGACUUCCUGGCCAACAGCUCCUCUCUCUUCUACAGCGAGAGGCCCCAGAUCCCCUUCGUGUGGAAACGGCCAGGGGAAAUAGUGGAAAACCCAGAAUUCAUUCUUGGAGGAGCCACCAGGACAGAUAUCUGCCAGGGGGAGCUUGGCGACUGCUGGCUAUUAGCUGCCAUUGCCUCCCUGACGCUUAAUGAAAAAGCUCUGGCUCGAGUCGUCCCCCAGGACCAAAGCUUUGGGCCCGGGUAUGCCGGGAUAUUCCACUUCCAGUUCUGGCAGCACAGCGAAUGGCUGGAUGUGGUCAUCGAUGACCGACUGCCCACCUUCAGGGACCGCCUGAUCUUCCUCCACUCUGCUGACCACAGAGAGUUCUGGAGUGCUCUGCUGGAAAAAGCCUAUGCCAAGCUGAAUGGUAGCUAUGAGGCUCUGAAGGGAGGCAGCGCCAUCGAAGCGAUGGAAGACUUCACGGGGGGUGUAGCAGAGACCUUCGCAACUAAAGAGGCUCCAGAGAACUUCUAUGAGAUUCUAGAGAAGGCCUUGAAAAGGGGCUCUCUUGUGGGCUGCUCCAUUGAUAUCCGAAAUGCUACAGAAUCUGAAGCCCGGACACCUUUUGGUCUCAUUAAGGGCCAUGCCUACACUGUGACGGGAAUUGACCAGGUAAACUUCCGAGGCCAGAAAACGGAGCUCAUCAGAGUCAGGAACCCUUGGGGCCAGGUUGAGUGGAAUGGGUCCUGGAGUGACAGUUCCUCCGAGUGGCUCUCCGUUGGACCAGCUGAGCAGAAGCGCUUGUGUCACACGGCUCUCGACGAUGGGGAAUUCUGGAUGGCGUUUAGGGACUUCAAGUCCCACUUUGACAAAGUAGAAAUCUGCAACCUCACUCCUGACGCCCUGGAAGAGAAUGCUGUCCACAAAUGGGAGGUGAUGGUCCAUCAAGGAAGCUGGGUACGGGGCUCCACCGCCGGGGGCUGCCGCAAUUUCCUAGAUACCUUCUGGACCAAUCCACAAAUAAAAUUGUCCCUGACUGAGGAAGACGAGGGACAGGAGGACUGCACUUUCCUUGUAGCCCUGAUGCAGAAGGAUCGAAGGAAACUCAAGAGGUUUGGUGCCGACAUGCUGACCAUUGGCUAUGCCAUUUACCAGAGCCCCCGCAAAGACGAACACCUGAACAAAGACUUCUUCAAGUACCAUGCUUCCCAGGCCAGAAGCAAAACGUUCAUCAACUUGAGAGAAGUCUCGGACCGUUUCCAGCUGCCCCCUGGGGAGUACAUCCUGAUUCCCAGCACUUUUGAGCCCCAUCAGGAAGCUGAUUUCUGCCUGAGGAUUUUUACGGAGAAGAAAAUUAUCACCCAGGACAUGGAUGGAGAUGUGAACAUUGACCUUCAUGAGCCUCCGAAGCCGACUCCAGCUGGCCAGGAGACAGAGGAGGAACUGCAGUUCCGGGCCCUGUUUGAACAAGUUGCCGGUGAGGACAUGGAGGUGACCGCAGAGAAACUGGAAUAUAUUUUAAAUGCUGUGCUGCAAAAGAAAAAGGACAUCAAAUUCAAGAAGCUGAGCCUGAUUUCCUGUAAAAACAUCAUUUCCCUAAUGGACACCAGCGGCAACGGGAAGCUGGAGUUCGGAGAGUUCAAGGUGUUCUGGAACACGUUGAAGAAGUGGACAAGCCUGUUCCUUCAGUUCGAUGCUGAUAAGUCUGGCACCAUGUCCUCCUAUGAGCUGCGGACCGCCCUGAAAGCCGCAGGCUUCCAGCUGAGCCGUCACCUCCUGCAGCUGACUGUCCUCAGGUACACAGACGAGGAACUCCAGCUGGGCUUCGAUGACUUCCUCAACUGCCUGGUCCGGUUGGAGAACGCAAGCCGGGUGUUCCAGGCGCUCAGUACGAAGAACAAGGAGUGCAUUCAUCUCAGCAUAAACGAGUUUAUCAGCUUGACAAUGAACAUCUGAGGCUUCCCUGGCAAAGACGCAGCCUGUCCAGCUGAGUCUUGACUUCUGGACCGUGAACUUCAGAACGUUUCCUGGUGGGGAGCUCUCCUCCCCUUAUCCAACCUCCUCCUCUCCCUGCCCCCCCAUCCUCAUCUUGGAAGAAUGAAAUGCACUCAGCUCUGACCUCUGAUUUUAUGCUAUUUCUUUGUACAAUCACUUCCCCAAGAUGGCUGGUGCCACCACCUGCACCUUAUCCUCAGCUUCAGGCAUUGCUUCCUCCUACCUUCCCUGCCUCUUCCCACUACUAAUUGUCCUAGC